AUGAAGCAAUCAAAGGAUCCAUUCGAGGCAGCGUAUGUGGAGCAAGAAGAAUCGCCACCGGAAUCCCCAAUUGCCCAAGAUGAUUAUGACACCCAAGCUUCUAACGCUGCUGCUGGUGCUGCUGAUGAUUCUCAGGGUGCUUUUGUUGCUCAAGAUGGUGAAGACCUUGGCAGUGGCGGCGGGCAUUUUGUCCAUCCCUCUGACCAUCCAUCUACUUCGAGGCCCGUGUUGGGCUCUGCAAGAACUAAGGCAAAGAAUAAAGACGAUGAUGACGAGGAAGAGGAAGAUAACAUGGAUGUUGAGCUUUCAAAGUUGGCUUCGACUGCUGACCCUGAUAAAAUGGCCAAGAUGCAGGCUAUUUUAGCUCAGUUUACUGAAGAACAAAUGAGUAGGUAUGAAUCAUUUCGCAGAUCUGCACUGCAGAAGACUAACAUGAAAAGGUUGUUAGUGAGCAUCACUGGAACCCAGAAAAUUUCUUUACCAAUGACUAUCGUGGUUUGCGGUAUAGCAAAAAUGUUUGUUGGGGAACUUGUUGAAACAGCUAGAAUUGUGAUGAUGGAGAGGAAGGAAUCUGGGCCAAUCAGGCCUUGCCACAUAAGAGAAGCAUAUAGAAGGCUAAAGCUUGAAGGCAAAAUACUGAAGAGAUCAGUACCGAGGCUCUUUCGAUGGAUUGGUUGUUGGAUCCGGGUUCAACUGUUCCUGAUGUUGUUUGUUGGUGAUGGUCAUGAUGAGAAGAAGGAGACAUGGACAUGGGACUGUUCUAAUGUGUACAGGUAUCAGAGAGUAAGCCCAGAUUGUGUUCCUCUAAGCAAUGGCAAAAAACCCAAUGGAGGUGAGAAUGGAAGGUCAAUCCCAAAUGGAUUCAAUUCCUCAAGUACUAAUUUUGAAACUAAAGGUUUCAGAUUUAGAUCCCCAUCGAGAAACCAAGACCACCACAAUAACAGUACAACCAGUUCUCCACAUUCAGAGAACAACCACAAUCAGACACAAAGACAUAACACUAGUCCAAGUCCUAGCCCAAGCCCAAGCCGAGGUGGCAGCGGUGAUGUGUUGUUACAAUGGGGACAAAAGAAGAGAGCUAGAGUGUCAAGGUCUGAGAUCAGGGCCUUGGCUGAUGAAUCAUCAUCUUCUGGUCAAGCUAGACAACCCAUCAACAAGAUUCCUAGGAGAAUUGAUAACAAGAGCUCUCAAUCCACCAUGCCACCACCGCCUCCACCGCCACCAUUCCAACAGUCUCUCAGUACUAAUACCAGAGGUGGAAACUUAAAGAAAGAAAAUUCCGGGUUUCUUUCUCACAGGAAUUUAGAAAAGCGAUCGGGUGCUGGAAAUGGGUCCCCAUCGAGAAAUAGCGGUGGCAGUAGCAGGGCUGUUUCUAGAUCUACUGCCGGAAAGAGAUCUCCUCCAACGCCAGAAAAUAUCGAUAGAAAGAUGCCUAGCUCUAGGUCAGCAGUAAAAGAUGAGAAGCCAAAUGGAUCCAUAGUACAAGCCGAUCAUCAAAUGAAUCAAGUUGAUUCUACUCGGGUUCAAUCAGAAAAAGAAGCUGGGGUUCCAACGAGCAAUCCUGCCUCAGUACCGGUAGUAGCUAGUGGAGGAGAAAAGGUGUAUAACAAUGAAGUCAUUGAGUGGCCAAGAAUUUAUAUCGCUUUGUCAAGAAAGGAAAAAGAAGAUGAUUUCUUUGCAAUGAAAGGCACUAAACUGCCUCAGAGACCCAAAAAAAGGGCCAAGAACAUUGACAGAGCACUUCAGUAUUGUUUUCCAGGGAUGUGGCUCUCUGACUUAACAAAGAGUAGGUACGAGGUUAGAGAGAAGAAGUGUGUGAAGAAGCAAAAACGAAGAGGGCUGAAGGGAAUGGAGAGCAUGGACAGUGAUUCCGAGUAG